AUGGUUUCUGCACCAAGGUCUGCACCAGGAGCAGCAGGAGAGGCUGCGUCAGCAGCGUCGGCGAGGGAUGACAAGACAUCGUCGGCAGCCAUGCCAGCACGGCGUGCCUCCAAGCGGGUGUCUCUUGCUGCAGCCGCAGCUGCAGCCAGCCCAGUUGCAAAGCAGGCGUCGACCUCGGCGGCAAGACAGGCAGCAAAACCCUCUCCGAAGUCGAAAGGCACUGCAGCAAAGACCGCCAAAGACGCGCCUUCUCCGAUCGAGAGACGGGUUACGCGCCUGUCUGGCCUUCCCACUGACCUGUCCCUUUCCCAAUCCAGCCCUCAGGUUACCGCAUCAGGCAAACGGAGACGGAGAAUGUCCGACAAGCCCACAACUGAAGAACUGCCACGCGAGCUUCGACGCCUUCAAGAUACUAAGGAAUUCUCACACGUCGAUAACGAACCAAUUGUCUACACGGUCUGGAGCAACGGUAGGUACGUUCCGGCCAACGCGAAUGGCGAGCCACUGGUCGACAAGAACGCCGCCAAGAAGGCGAAACUCGCCAAGGCUGCCGAGGAAGCGGAGAAGAAGAAAGCCGAAGAGGCUGCCGCUGCCGCGGCCGCGGCUGCCGAGGAGAAGGCCGCUGCUGAGGCCGCGUUGCCUAAGAAGCGCGUCAAGAAAUGGAUGAACCAAGGUCUCUAUGCCGGCAUGCCGACACCGUCCAACCCCGCUGCAGGCCUCACACCCGCUGAACGCAAGGAGCUCGCGAAGCUGCCGGAGCUGUCGAAAAAGUACCCACCGAACAAGACACUGCCAAUGCCCAUUUACAACGGACUGCGCACCCUGAUUGAGGGCCGCGAUUUCAAGAUGCCGUUCGACGUCUUCAACCCCCUCCCGCCUGGCCAGCCGAAGCCCGUCAAGUAUGGGCGGUUCAGCAAGAACCGCUUUGUUGGUGAGGCCCACGCCAUCUGGAAGAAGAACCCCAACUACGACGACUUCCAGUCUAAAUGCGUUUGCAAGCCAGAGACGGGCUGUGACGAAGACUGCCAGAACCGCAUUAUGCUCUACGAGUGCAAUGACGAGAUUUGCAACGUGGGCCCGGAGCGAUGCAGCAAUCGCGAGUUCCAAAGAUUGGCGGACCGGACUGCUUCAAAGAACCCGUAUCACAUCGGUGUCGAGGUGUUUAAAACGCUGGAUCGUGGUCAUGGCAUUCGUGCCAGCCGUGGUUUCCGCCCCGGCCAAAUCAUCAUGGAAUAUAUUGGCGAGAUCAUAACGGAGGAAGAGUCCGACCGGCGAAUGAACGAGCUGUACAAGAACAACGCGUCUCUCAUCAUCGACGGAACCAGCGGUAGUAUCGCUCGCUUUGUCAACCAUUCGUGCUCUCCGAACUGCCGCAUGAUCAAAUGGAUUGUGUCCGGCCAGCCCCGAAUCGCUCUCUUUGCUGGCGACCGGCCCAUCCAGACAGGCGAAGAGCUCACUUAUGAUUAUAAUUUUGAUCCAUACUCGGCUAAGAACGUGCAAGGAUGUCUCUGUGGAGCUGACAACUGCCGUGGUGUGCUCGGCCCCCGGAAGAGUGAGAAGGCCGUUUCCAAGGCCGCUGCCGAGAAGGCUGCCGCAGAGAAGGCGAGCCAAAAGGCCAAGGGCGCCAAUGGUUCCUCGAAGCGCAAGCACGAUGCCUACAGUAUGGAUGACGACGUCGACACGGAUGGUACAACCAGCGGCCCGGCGAGCAAGAAGAUACGGGUAGCUGAAGCUCCGCCAAAGUUCCCGAUCCGGCCUGUCAAGAAGCCCACCAAGGCUCCACCACCGAAAAAGGUUGUGACGACGACAAAGGCCGCCCUGGAAGCUUUGGCUGCCAAUGCAGCAAGAAUUGCCCGACUCACGAAAGCUUCGCAUGCUGCGAGAGCUGUGCGGAUCGCGAAGGCCGAGGCUAAGAGAGCGGCCGAGGCUGCAGCAGCAGGAAAGGCUAAGCGCACGAAGGCAAAGACGUCCAAGCCGGCCGCGUCUAAGACAGGCAGUGCUGCAUCCAAGCCUGCCAAGGUCGUCAAGGUGGCCAAGUCCGUCAAAGUCGUCAAGACCGCCAAGGGCCUGAAGGCCUCCAAGUCGUCUGUGUCGAAGGAGGUCAAGACAACGACAAAAGCAUCCAAGACAGCCAAGCCUACCAAGGCCACCAGAACAACCACAGCUUCCAAGCCCACCAAAGCUACAAAGUCACCGGCACGCAAGCCAGCCGCUUCGCCGACCAAGAAGACCAAGGCCGCUGAGACUCGGAAGAAGGCAACGACACCGCCCGCCGACGAUGUUAUGAACAAGGAGCCAACGACGCCGCAAGCGACGCAAGCAACGCCCAUGGCCCAGGCCGUCGCCAAGGCGGCGAAGGCGGCAGCACAGCUCGCUAAUGCUGCCAUUUCGGCCAAGAAACCGAUCGCCUCUCGGAAGACUAGCAAGGCUAACAGCAACGCAUACGCCCGGGCGAAGGUGCCUGUCAAGCCUCUGAAGAAGUUGCAGACGAAGCAAAAGUCCACGGUCACUACGACCAAAAAAGCCGACGUCACAACCACAACCACGACGACUGUGACCACCACCUCCAGCGACACCAUUCUGAAGCGCGGCCGUGGUCGCCCGCGGCUGGCUACAAAGGAAACCGUCGCUGACGAGCCAAUGAAUGAUGCAGCUGACGAGGCAGCCUCGGAUGAGGUUUCAGAGCAGGCGCCUGUUGAUUUGUUCGCGUUGGACGACGAGGAAGAGCAGUUGGCCACCCAGUUCGCCACCGAGGCCGCUGCAAACACGCACAGGUCUCUUGAUUUCACUGUUGGUGAUUCAAAUGUUGGCGACUCCACACUUGACGAUUCAAUGCUCGAUGACUCCACACUUGAGUCAGGCGAAACAGACGAUGCCUCAUCUCCAGUUCAGGGUGGCCUGAAGCUCAGAAAGCCGCGUGUACGAAAGCUGUCAAAGGCGCAAAAGCUCAGAGUCAAGCGCCAGCUGGUGGCCGCUAGGCGCCUUGCCGCCAAGCAAGAUGGAAGCUACAAACCAAAGCGUGGACCUGGUCGCCCUAGAAAAUAUGUCAAGGUUGCGGUCCUGCAAAGUGACAACGACACACCUAUGGCUGAGGCCUCGGCUGAUGUCCCAGGCGAUAUCCUGAUCGAUGCUACAACUGACGCUCCUGCUCCUCUCCCAUCAGCGCCAGCACCUGUUGAAGCUGGCCUGUUGGCGGAGGCAACAACCACGGAAUCUGCGCCGCGGAUCACCAAAACUCGGGUUGAAUAUGGCGUCGCUCGCAGAGCCGAUGUGGAAGAGUUCAAGGCUGCUCGCGCUCGAGCCAAGGCUAGGAUGGAGAGAAUGAAAGUCGCGGUCGGCGCCGACGAGAACACACCGCCUGUUGAGCAGGACGGGCAAGAUGCGCUCAGCCCUCCUUCUGCAGCAACCAAAUCGGCUACCCCGGUUGUUGCACAUGAUGUCAUUCACGUUGCACCUGACAUGCGCGUUCAACCGGUCUAG